AUGAGGGUCGGUCAACUCAUCGUCUGGCUCGAUACUCUUAUCAAGCGAAGGCCUAAGCCGCCACACUGUGACCCCAGCUGCAGCAUAAAAGCCACACGCCGUCCAAGGGGGCAUCCUCUUCCUCACCCACCCAACACCAUGAAGGUCCUCGCGCUUCUCUUGGCCUCCCUCGCCGCCGUCAGCGCCCAGACGGAGCCCUGGUGCCGCUGCGCCGCCUUCGUCACCUACGAGCACUCGGAGAUCAGGGUGUUCGAAGCGCCCGAAAUCACCAUCGACUCCUGCGUAGACGACGCCAAGCAGUGCAAGAACGCCUGCACCAAGGAGCUCAACGACAUGAGCGACAACGGCAACAUGUGGCUUGUUCAGGAAAACGGCUUGACUGUUGGCCAGAACAUCUGCACUUACAUGGCCGACCAUUUCUUCUACUUCAUCCACAACCACAGGGUGUACGGCUACUUCGAGGUGUGUGGAGGCGCCUGGGAGUACACCGGAGUGGCGUCGCAGCAGCUGCUGUGCUGCAACGGAGGCAAGCAUGAGCACUGCAUCUCUAAGUAACUGCAGUGGAAGACAACUUGAAGCAGACUACGCAACACUAUCAUGGAUUCAGUUGGUCAUUUCUAACUCUAUUGAGGAGAAUGAAAUGAAAAUAAAUUCUUCACCAAA